CCUUGUCUACUCAUGGGCCAAUAUCUGUCCGAAACAGUUGGAGAAACGGUAAUAGAAGCAAUUCGAGUGUGCAAUCCAGACGUGUAAGCUCUUCUUGUAGCAUCACGACGUGACAUUUUAAGUAGGUGCUCAAUUGGCGCAACUCAUGUUUCAUCUCCUCCUUUAUGAGGUAUUUGAGUUCUCGUCUGGCAUCUCGUUCUGAGUACCGAGUGCCUGCUGAAUGGGGAAGAUAUCCGAAAUAAUUCCGAAGUCUGUACGCCUCUCAACACACAAUCACGUCUCAAUCUUUCGCAAGAUCGUACACUUCUCCCCUUGUUGUCUCCGCACUCAUCGCACACCGAGUCAAAUUUUGAAGUUCUUUAUAAUGUUUUGGUUAUCCCCUCUCCUCCUUUCCCGCCAUCCAUUUCUUCUCUUAACCGAUACCUUUCUCUUCACUGAAUUCGUUAAGACCAGAAAUUAUGUCCGUACAAGACAAGCCCCAGACCCCUGAUGACCAGACGCAUCUCGAAUAUGGCAAUGCUGACCCCGAGAAACCAACGAACUCUACCGCGGACUCUGGGUCCCCGGCUCCUUUUGAGGAGCCCUUCGUUUUCACAAAAGAAAUCUUUCUAACCCUUCUUGCUGGCUACGUUGCCUGGAUGGCUGAUCUGUUUGCUGUGAAUACGUCCAGCAGUAUUCUUGCAAGCAUCAACGCCUACCUAGGCCCUCAGUCAACGUAUACCUUCAUUCAGUUGGGACAGUUGGGACUUCUGGCCUUCCUUGGGCCCAUCGCUGGCGGUCUUUGCGACACAUUUGGCUCGCGAUAUUUGAUGCUAGCGAGCAACAUCUUCGGAAUCUUGGGCGCUGGAUUUGCUGGCUGGGCUACAAACGUGAACAUGGGUAUUGCCGGCGGCAUCAUUAUUGGAAUCGGUGCAUCGAUUCACGUUCAGAUCUGGGCCACUCUCGCAGCGCUGGUGCCAAAGAGACAUCGAGCUCUGGCAUUUGGCCUCUUCCAACUGGCUCUAGCUCCAGGAAUUGCGUUUGCCCCAGUCAUUGCCCACGCGGCCGAUUUCCAUGGCCAUUGGCGGUGGAUCUUCUGGCUUCCAUUUAUCCUUUAUAUCAUCGAUAUCCCUUUGGUAUUCUUUUUCUACCAUCCCCAGUCAGUGCAUCCUAGCACUGGUCUCUCUGUCUCAAAACGGCUUGCUUUGUUUGACUGGAUUGGGUCAUUCCUAUUCUUUGCCGGAGUUGUCUUGUUUGUGCUCGGUCUCACGCUCGGUGGUAAUCAAUUCACUUGGAAAUCCGCAAUCACCUUGUGCCUUACCGUGAUCGGGUUUUGCCUUCUCCUCUUCCUCGGAGUGUUUGAGACCUUUGCGCCAUUAAAGUUCCCUCUCUUUCCCCGGAAGGCCAUGGCAAAUUUCAGAGGUGUUGUAACAAUCCUGUGGUCUUUGUUUUUCUACUGUGCCGCUGAGUUUGCCGUCAACAAUCUCUGGGGUACUCAGGUUCAAGUUCUUUAUACUCAGGAUGCUCUGAAAAUUGGAUGGUACUCCAGCGCUUAUACCAUCCCUAUGGUUGUGUUUCCCUUGAUCAGUGGUCUCUUGUUUUUCAGAAUCGGAUACACCCACUUUCAGUAUCUCUUUUAUCUCGUGGCCAUGCUACUUUGUCUAUGGUGCAUGGCAACUGUGGAAACUGCCACUGCCGGCGGAAUCACGGCACUGGUUGCCCUCACCGGUGGCUUUGUGUCGUCCCUGUGGAUCAUUACUCUGAUCAUCGUUCAGAUUGAAGCUGGGCCAGCCCAUAUCGGAUGGGUCACUGGUCUUUUCUACACUGUCAAAAAUGUCGGAGGAGCCAUCGGAUCGACCACAUACUCAAACCAUCUAGUCACCCGCUUCACCAUGGCAUUGACCUCUAAUGUGGCGGUGCCCCUUGCGCAGUCGGGACUUGAUCCAACUCUCAUUCCUGAAGUUCUCACUGCUUUGACUACCGGAAUUACCACGGCGCCGGUUUUGGCCGAGCUGACACAGGAGCAGCUGGGAAUCGCCGUCUCGGGAAUCACAAAGUCAUAUGCGUACGCAUUCAAGAUCAUCUUUCUCAUUAGUAUUGCGUAUGGGUUUGCAGGAAUCGUGUUUGCUUUGUUCGGAAAAUCGGUCGCGCCCGAUGAUUCCGUCGACGCAAAGCCUGCUGGUGGCCCGCUGUCUAGAAACUUGAGAAAAUCAUCGCGCACAGACAGCAACGUCUAAUGCCGACCUUGUUACUGCAGAACGGUAUUGUUCGCUCUUUUAUACCCAUCUUUUGCAGGGAUGAUAUUUGUAGUCCUGAGUUUUUAUUUGUUUGAUCUGAGGAUGAGUAUGAAGCUCUCUCAUUAACCAUACGCUGUAUUAUUGUUGUCUUGUAACAUUGUGAGUGUGCAGAGAUUUACGCGUGUAAUAUUAAUAUUACUGUUAUUAAAACUAAA